UCCAGCUUGGAGGGGUCUGGGUGGCUGAGAGCAGGGUCCGGUUGGAGGGUCAGGGCACAGAGAGGGCUCCCUCCUUUUGCACCUGCCCAGUUUCCUCUCUAAAGUUUUGGUGGGGACAGAAUUUGUAGCGACUCUCCUGCCUCUUGAUGCUCUUUCGCUGGUCUUUGGGGGCCAGUUGACACAGAAACCGGACCUUGUGGUUUCUGCUUCUAUUGGAUUUUGGCAGUUUCCCUUCCAUUUCCACAGAUGCUCUGUGAUAAAGAAACAGGAGAAGGACCAUGACAUCACUGCCUCUGCUGCUCUUCCUUAGCAUGGCAGCCCACCUCCUGCAGCCCACCCUCUGCUUGAGGGUCGGUGCUUUCAACAUCAGAACCUUUGGAGACAGCAAGCUGUCCAAUCAGACCAUCACAGACUUCAUCGUCAGCAUUUUGUUCUUGUAUGACAUCACCCUCAUCCAGGAGGUCCGAGAUGCCGACCUGAGCGCAGUGAAAAAGCUGAUGAACCAACUGAACCAGGCAUCACCGCAUCCAUACAGCUAUGUGGUCAGCAAGCCUUUGGGUCGCAAGAGCUACAAGGAGCAAUACCUCUUUGUUUACAGGGAGGACAACGUCAUUCUCCUGGACAGCUACUAUUAUGACGACGGCUGUGAGCCCUGCGGGAACGACACCUUCAGUCGGGAGCCCUUCAUUGUGAAAUUUGCGGCACCUCAGACGCAGGUGGGGGAACUGAUCCUGGUGCCUCUGCAUGCUGCUCCCGAAGAAGCAGUGGCCGAGAUAGACGCCCUCUACGACGUCUUCCUGGAUGUGAGAGAUAAGUGGGGGACAGAUGACAUGCUGUUCCUGGGAGACUUCAAUGCUGGCUGCUCCUACGUCCGGCCUGAGGGCUGGCCCCGUAUCCGCCUGCGCACCAACAGCGCCUUCCAGUGGCUCAUCCCAGACACAGCAGACACCACAGUGACCAGCACCCACUGCGCCUAUGACAGGAUUGUGGCAGUGGGCUCCAGACUCGGAAGCGGCAUCCUGCCUGGCUCAGCCAGAGUCAACAACUUCCAGCAGACCUUCAACCUGCAACAGAAGGAUGCCUUGGCUGUUAGUGACCAUUUCCCCGUGGAAGUGACACUGAAAUCUCUCGGCAUUUCCUCCACCCCUGUGUAGCAGCACCCCCAGCGUAGACCCCCCAGGGGGCUGCAGAGCUCUGCCCUCCGGCUGCAGGGGUAGAAAAUGGGCAGAUUCAAAGACCACGCUUUAGUUUUGGGAGAAGCCCCCAGGUCCCUCUGGCCUUUGGAUGACCAGGACGCCAGGCUCCAAGCGGUCCUCUCUGGCACGUGAAAUCCAAGCACUCUUCAAAACAAAAGAGGAUUAAUUCCACCCAAAUGUUUUCCCAGCUGCUGUGAAUGAUGAUGCUAAAGAUGAACUUCUGAAUUGCCAGAAAUCAUGGAUUAUGCAAGGGCUGAUGGAUCUGACAAAUGAAAACUCAGCGAGAUAAUAAUAAUAAAAAAUAAUAAUAAUAUUUUUUUAUUUGUAUCCCACCCUCCCCGGCCAAAGCCAGACUCAGGGCAGCUAACAUCAUAUAAAUCAGACAAUAUGCAUAAUACAAUAUACACUAUGCAAAUAAAAUAACAUUCAACAUUCAUUAAAAUAAUACAGAAUAUUAAAUAUGGCAAAUCAAAAUGGAGGAUUUUGCAACACUGAACAAGAUAUCUUUGAUUUUAUGGGUAAAGCAAGAAGAAAAACAUUUUAAAGGAUUCGAACAAGAAUAAGCUUCUUUUUUUAAAAAAAGGAGUGAAAAAUAAUGGGAUAUAAUUUAUAAUGUUAACCAUUUUCGGGGUCUCUAAGAAUUGUAAUUAAGAAAAUUAGCAAAAAUAAAUAAAAUCAUUCUGUCCAAUGACAGUUCUCAUCUUGUGAGUUCUUUUCUCACAAAGAUGUCGGAUCUUUGCAAGCUGAGUCCGUUUUGCCCACCCUGGUCCUGCCAAGCCCUCGCUCAGU